AUGUCUGUGGUACCGCUGCGGCUGGCAGGCGGGGCAUUCACCGUAUGGUCACAGAUGCCGGCAGCCAGCCGCGGCUCGCUGGUGGAAGUGCAAGAGACGCUGUAUGCGGCGUUCGCCAUGGACAGCUUCGCUGCGUAUGACGCCUUCUGCUGCCGACGCCUGCGGACCGGCGAAUCACCGGAUGUGUUCCUCUCUGAUCUACGGCGGCUAGCGGUGCUUUUCGGGGGUGUGCCAGACAAGGCGCUCAUCUGCGCAUUUGUCUCUGGACUACCCGACAGCACCAGACAAGCUAUCCGCGCUGGAUCCAGGGCUGAGGGCCUCAGCCUGGAGGAUAAAAACAAGACCAAAGUGCGACCCGUCUUGGAUUAUCGAGAGCUCAACAGUCAUGUGGUGCCCUACACCGCCGACGCGGACGUGUGUGCCGCCACCCUCAGGAAAUGGCGGCGGCACGGCACCAAUGUCGCUAUCGUCGACCUGAAGAGAGCAUAUCUUCAGCUGAGGACGGAGCAGAGCCUGUGGCCGUUCCAGACUGUGAUGGUGAACGGUCAGCGGUAUGCACUCUCUAGGGUCGGAUUUGGUUUGAAUGUGGCCCCACUUAUCAUGAAGGCUGUAGUGCGCGCCGUGCUACAGCAGGACCCGGCGAUGGAGAGUGCGGUGCUGCCGUACAUGGACGACUUGUGUGUGAAUGAGGACCUCGUCAGCGCUGAACGUGUGGUGGCCCACUUCGCUCAGUUCGGGCUAGAGUGCAAGCCGCCGGAGCGAGCGGCUGCCGGUGCACGCCUGCUUGGUUUGCACGUGCGGGCGGUGGGUGGAGUGCUGCGCUGGGCGCGUGACAACGUCGUAGGGCCACCACCUGUCACGCUGACGCGGCGGAGCGUCUUCGCCUGGUGUGGUCGCCUGGUGGCACACCUGCCCGUGUGCGGCUGGCUUCGGCCCGCCGCCGCCUGGUUACAGCGGCGGGCUAACGCGGUGACGAACAGUUGGGACCAGCCAACAGACGAUGCCACCCUGCGUCAGCAGAUUGACUAUGUGGCCAGUAGGCUGGCCCGCGACGACCCGGCUCACGGACGGUGGCAUGUUGAAGGCAAUCACGCGGUGGUGUGGACGGAUGCCAGCUCGAUAGCGGCCGGAGUGGUGCUGGAGACGCCGACUGGAGACCCAAUCGAGGACGGCUGCUGGCUCCGCCGUGACGAGACAGCGCACAUCAACAUGGCGGAGCUGGACGCCGCCGUGCGGGGCAUCAAUCUCGCCAUCGCCUGGGAAAUGCGUCGACUGGACCUCAGGACUGACUCUGCUACCGUGCACAGAUGGAUAAGCGACGCUCUGAGCGGGCGCUCCCGUCUGAAGACCAAGGCCCACGGUGAGAUGAUCAUCAGGCGGCGCAUCGACAUGGUGAAGCAGCUGGUGGACGAGUUCGGCAUCGACCUGUCAGUGACCCUGGUGCCGACCGCCCACAACAGAGCGGACUGCCUGACGCGGGUGCCGGUCGAGUGGGUACGCGGAGACGACCCGAGUGUAGGCGAUCCCGCAGUCGCCGCUGCGGUGGUCGGGCCAGUGACUGAUGCGGGAGAAGAUGACGCUCACGGGGCUGAUGCGGGUGUUGUGGAGGACACUGUCGGCACGCGCGAGUCGUCGGCCAUCAGCGAGGUUCAUGCCAAAGCUGGACACCCCGGUAUUCGGCGAACUCUGUACUUUGCCCGUCGUGACAUAUCGCCGAGUAUCACGCGGAGCCAGGUGCAAAAGGUGGUGUCAGACUGUGACGUGUGUCGGCGGGCGGUGUCGCAGGACUGGUACUGA